AUGGACCUGGAGAUCAAGAGGAGUAGGAGGAAGAGGACAGGGUGCAAGAAACCUAUGAUCAAGUGGGUUAAUUUGACCAAGGACAAAGCUCAGGAGUUAGGGGAGAAGUUGUUGGCUAUGAGGGCCUGGAUGAGUAUGGGGGGCGCGUCUAAUAUGUGGUUCAAGACUGCGGAUUGCAUUAGGGUAGCUACUAGAGAGGUCUUAGGGGUCACAAAGGGCUCUCCUGGGAGUCAUAAAGGGGACUGGUGGUGGAAUGGAGAGGUUCAAGAUAAAGUGAAAGCUAAGAAAGUUGCUUAUUUGAAGCUAGUAGAGAGUACAAAUGUGGAGGAAAAAAAGACUUAUUGGGAGUGUUACAAAAAGGCAAAGAAAGAGGCAAAGUUAGCAGUUACGACGGCUAAGAACGCGACAUUUGCUCAUUUGUACGAGGAGCUCGAGGGCAAAGGAAGGGACAAGAGAUUGUACCGGUUGGCCAAGGGAUCAGUUCUUAGCCCAUGUUUAUUUGCCUUGGCGAUGGAUGUACUGUCGCGUCACAUCCAAUGGGAGGUGCCUUGGUGCAUGCUAUUUUCCGAUGAUAUAUUGUUGAUUGACGAGACACGUAGCGGAGUUAACACGAGCGGUUCUGGUGUAACCGCACUUGCAGAGCCAUGGGCGCAGGUGCGGAGCCACAAAAGCGGUAGUGUCAUUGCGGAUGCGAGGUUAGAGCUGGGUGGGAAAUACCGCAAAAGCGGAUUUUUGUAG